AUGGCUCCUUUGACAGAGGUCACCGGUAGGGUUGAGUGGAAUGGGAAACAGGUCCCAGUUUACGAUAUGGAAACCAUCGACUUCUCGGCCAUCCUUUCACAAGAACCUGCCGAGCUCGACAAGCUUCUCCAGUGCUGCAAAGACGAAGGUUUCUUCUACCUUGACCUGAACAAUGUCGAUGGGCGUCGCUUCAUCGACGACCACCAAGAGUUAUUGAAGCUCAUGCAUCGGUUCUUCGAAGCUCCCAUCGAAGUCAAGAACGAAUACGGACUCAUCUCCCCUCAUCUUGGAUACGAACCUGUUGGCUCGCGAAAUGGAGUACUCGAGGACACAAGAGACGGCUAUGAAAUGGUCAAGGUCUCGCGUGAUGAGAUUCAGCGCGAAUCUCCCCACAUUCCACGCAACAUCAAGAAUAGUACCGACCUAAAGACCCUCGAGAACGCCAUCUCUGGCAAUAACAUCAUUGGCAAAGCCAUCUUGGCAGCUCUCUCCACAGCUUCCGGUCUCACAGGCACGAAGCGCUUCGAGAAUUUGCAUCGCAACCAUCGCCCUUCGACCAGCACCUUGUCCAUGAUGCACUACAUUCCAUCUAACCCUUCUAAAGAUGGCAACGUCGGUCACCAGAAGCACACGGAUAUCAGCUCGCUCACUAUUCUCUUCACUGAGCAAUGGGGUCUUCAGAUCCGCCCACCUGGUACCAAGGAGUUCGGCUUUGUCGAGCCCAAGCGAGGUCAGGCCAUCAUCAACGUCGGCGAUUCUCUACGAUUUGCUAGCGAACACACCUUCCAGUCAUGCAUCCACCGUGUUGUACCAUACGACUACACGGAGCACCGUUACUCGGUUGCAUACUUUCUCCGUGCCGAGGAUGAGACCAUGUUUCAAGAUAGCGAAGGCAGGGCGAAGCCUGUCACUGUGGAGAAGGGAAAUAACGAUGUCAAAGUGGCUGCUGUUGAGGUCAGCGCUUAG